AUGCAGCUCAAGACCGCAACCUCGAUCGUUCUCAUGACAACCCUGAUGUCCCUCCAGGCUCAAGCCGCACCCGUCGGCCAACAGGACACCAACGCGCUCACCAUCGCCACCCCGCCAACCCAGUCUCUGAUCGCUCCUAUGCCGGACACCAAGCACUACAAGAACCCUCAGCCUUGGGACUGGAACGAGGCCGACCAAAGCAUUCAGGCCGAUCCCAACGCGACCGAUUACACUCCCGAAAACGAGGAGAACGCGAAAUGGGGUGGUUCGAGCUUCUGGAACCCGUGGGGCUGUGGAGGCUGGAACAACUGGAACUGGAGCCCUUGGUGGAACACGUGGAACUCCUGGUGUUAG